AUGACGACGAAGACGCUUUCCAACAUCCGAAAUUUUUCCAUCGUGGCCCAUAUCGAUCAUGGCAAGUCGACGCUCGCCGACCGUCUGAUCCAGAUGACAGGAACGAUGACCGACCGCGAAAUGACCGAACAGGUUCUCGAUUCCAUGGAUAUCGAGCGCGAACGCGGUAUCACGAUCAAGGCUCAGACUGUCCGGCUGAUCUACACUGCAAAGGACGGCCAGCAGUAUACGCUGAACCUGAUCGACACCCCCGGCCACGUGGACUUUGCCUAUGAGGUUUCACGUUCGCUGGCCGCCUGCGAAGGCUCUCUGCUUGUGGUCGACGCCUCGCAGGGUGUGGAAGCGCAGACGCUCGCAAACGUCUAUCAGGCGAUCGACAACGACCACGAGAUCGUCACGGUCUUGAACAAGAUCGAUCUGCCGGCUGCCGAACCGGAGCGCAUCAAGGAACAGAUCGAAGACGUCAUCGGGAUCGACGCCUCCGAUGCCUGCAUGAUCUCCGCGAAGACCGGACUCGGUGUCGAAGAUGUGCUGGAAGCGAUCGUCCACAAGCUGCCGGCGCCCAAAGGUGAUCCGGACGAAACCCUGAAAGCGAUGCUGGUCGAUAGCUGGUACGACACCUAUCUCGGUGUGAUGGUCCUGGUACGCGUCAUCAACGGCUCGCUGAAGAAGGGUCAGAAAAUCAAGAUGAUGGGAACGGGCGCCUCCUACGACGUCGACCGCGUCGGUGCCAUGACGCCGAAAUUCAUUCAGGUGGAUGAGCUUCGUUCCGGCGAAAUCGGUGUGAUCACCGGAUCCAUCAAGGAAGUGGCCGACACACGGGUUGGCGAUACGAUCACGCUGGACAAGAAGCCGUGCGCAGAACCCCUGCCGGGUUUCAAGCCGGCCCAACCGGUCGUAUUCUGCGGUCUCUUUCCGGUCGAUGCCAACGACUUUGAAGACCUGCGCGCCGCGAUGGGCAAGCUUCGGCUCAAUGAUGCGAGCUUUUCCUUCGAAAUGGAAACUUCCGCAGCGCUCGGAUUUGGCUUCCGGUGCGGGUUCCUCGGCUUGCUGCACCUGGAAAUCAUCCAGGAGCGACUGUCGCGUGAAUUCAAUCUGGACCUGAUCGCGACCGCGCCGUCUGUUGUCUACCAGAUGACGCUGACAGACGGCUCGGAUUUCGAAUUGCACAACCCGGCGGACAUGCCGGAUGUCGUCAAGAUUACAGAAAUCCGCGAACCGUGGAUCCGGGCAACGAUCAUGACGCCCGACGACUAUCUCGGUGCCAUCCUGAAGCUCUGUCAGGAACGGCGUGGUAUCCAGGUGGAUCUUUCCUAUGUCGGUUCACGCGCCAUGGUCUCCUACGACCUGCCGCUCAAUGAAGUCGUCUUUGAUUUCUAUGACCGGCUGAAAUCAGUUUCCAAAGGUUACGCCUCAUUCGAUUACCAGAUUUCCGACUACCGGGCGGGCGACCUCGUCAAGAUGUCGAUCCUGGUCAAUGAUGAGCCGGUGGAUGCGCUGUCCGUCCUCGUCCACCGCAGCCAGGCGGAGCGCCGUGGCCGGGCCAUGUGCGAGAAGCUGAAGGACCUGAUCCCGCGGCACAUGUUCAAGAUUCCGAUCCAGGCCGCCCUUGGUGGACGCGUGAUCGCCCGCGAAACCAUUUCGGCCCUGCGCAAGGACGUAACCGCGAAAUGCUACGGCGGCGACGCGACCCGAAAACGAAAGCUUCUGGAAAAGCAGAAGGCGGGCAAGAAGAAGAUGCGCCAGUUCGGCAAGGUCGAGAUCCCUCAGGAAGCCUUCAUCCAGGCCCUGAAGAUGGAUGAGUAA